UAGGUACCAGUAUAGUCUCGACCUUUGCAUGUCCAUCAUGUCUUUACCGGAAGUCUAUGCGCAGCUAUUUAAAUACAUUGACUCUCACAGAGAUGAGUACAUUGAAGAACUUCGAGAAGCUGUAGCCGUUCAAUCGGUAUCGGGAUCACCGGAGCGUCGCAAAGACACGUGUCGGAUGGUCGACUGGACAGCAAAAAAAUUACAGAAGGCAGGAUGCGAGGUAACGAUUAGGGAUAUAGGUUUCGAGGAAUUGCCCGAUGGCAGUGAACUUCCGUUGCCUCCCGUUAUUUUUGCAACCCUUGGGAGUGACCCGAAGAAAAGCACAAUUUGUAUUUAUGGUCACUUGGAUGUGCAACCUGCCUCCGUAGAGGACGGCUGGGAGUCGGAGCCUUUCAGCUUGACUGAACGCGAUGGUAAAUUGUACGGACGUGGAGCAACUGACGAUAAAGGACCGGUCUUGUGUUGGAUCCACGCCAUUGAAGCUUAUAAUGCUAUGGGCGCAGAAAUACCAGUUAAUAUUAAAUUUAUUCUGGAAUCAAUGGAAGAGUCCGGGUGUUUGGGAUUAGAAGAGUUGCUAGCUGCAGAAAAAAGUAGUUAUUUAUCCGAUAUUGAUUAUGUGUGCGUUUCUGAUAAUUAUUGGGUUGGUACCGAAGUGCCCAACAUUACGUAUGGUCUAAGAGGAGUUUGCGAAUAUCAAAUUGCAGUUGAAUGCGCUAAACAAGACUUACAUAGCGGACUAUACGGAGGUGCAGUGCACGAAGCAUUGGGCGAUUUAGUCUAUCUUCUAAAUACCUUAACCGAUAGCGAAGGCAAUAUACUGAUACCAAACCUUCUCGAGAGCGUCGCCCCAGUUACCAGUGAGGAGACGGACUUAUACCGUUCUAUUACCUUCGAUCUUAAUGAAUAUCGCCGCACUAUCGGGGGUAAUAAGCUGAGGCACAAUGAGGAUAAAAUACAAUUAUUAAUGCACCGUUGGCGAUAUCCAUCGCUUUCUAUUCACGGAAUUGAAGGGGCAUACAGCGGGUCGGGAUUAAAAACUGUAAUUCCAGGGAAAGUUAUUGGAAAAUUUUCAAUUAGAACUGUUCCAAAUCAGCAGACCAACGAAGUCAACGAGAUGGUGAUUUCGUAUUUGGAGCAUAAGUGGAAGGAACGCGGUAGUCCAAACAAUUUUAAAAUUACUGUGGAUCCUCCAGGAGACUGGUGGACUGAAGAUCCAUUUCAUCCUCACUAUACGGCCGCCCGUAGGGCUGCGAAACACGUUUACGGCGUGGAUGCGGAUUUAACACGAGAAGGUGCAUCAAUUGGCGUUGUUUCAAUUUUAAAGCAAAUCUUACAAAAGAACAUUGUUUUAUUACCGGUCGGAGCAAGUGACGAUGGAGCGCACGCUCAAAAUGAAAAGAUAAAUAUACGAAAUUAUAUAGAAGGGACGAAGCUGUUUUCGGCAUAUUUAUAUGAAGUGGGACAAAUUUAAUCACGAGCUCUAGUUUUUACCAACAUUUUUAAUAUACAGGGUGCCCAUUAUGUAUAGAAUAUAGUAUAUAUCUCGGUACAUAUCGACGGUAU